AUGAUGUCGCCCAUCCUCGAGCAAACGAAAGGGUGGUACCAAGUCAUCAUGGGCUUAUUCAUAGCAGCGAUGACCGCCUCACUCAUCUCCUUCGCCUACUACGCCGCCACAAUGUCGACAACAGACGCAUCAUGUCUGCUCGAGCCGGAAACUGCCAGUAUCAUAUUCCGCUGGCUAUCGAUCUUCGAGACAGACAUGAACGGUACCAGCACAGGAGCCGAACUCAUCGACAGCAGUCUUGCCUCGGAGUUCCAACUCUUCGACGAGAGGGCGACCUUUGGAAACCCUGCGCCUGCUCUUGCUAGUUGGGAGGCUGUCUACGAGACUGUGACUGCGAAUGCUUCCGCACCCGCAGUGGUUGGUGUAAAAUAUGAGAUUUUGUACAUCUUCUCCUCCUGCAAUGUUACUGGGGUGAGAUGGCAAUACUCGGCGUUCAGUGCAAAGACAGGGAAUGUGACUGUGCCUGUGGGUACACCGAUCCGGUAUCUGGACACCGAAUACCUCCAAGUCGAUCUCAAAACAAGACUCAUCUACAAUGUCACUUGCUCGGCGGAUAUUGUGAACUACUACAAGCAGAUCGGACAUGAUGUUUUGGCAGCGAGGUAG